AUGCCGCAGGCCUACAACUUCUUUACUGAAAGGUUACCUUGGGGCGAGGCUUCGGAAGAGCCUCCCUCUUGCAACUCGGCCGCCAACCUGCCAUCCAGACUGAGGAAGAUCCGCAAACUUCGGGGCCACGUGAGCCACGGCCACGGCCGCAUCAGCAAGCACAGGAAGCACCCGGGGGGCGGCGGGAAUGCUGGCGGCCUGCAUCAUCACAGGAUCAACCUCGACAAAUAUCACCCAGGUUACUUUGGGAAAGUUGGUAUGAGGCAUUACCACUUGAAGAGGGACCAGAGCUUCUGCCCAACUGUCAACCUUGAUAAACUGUGGACCCUGGUCAGUGAGCAGACACGGGUGAAUGCUGCCAAAAGCAAGACUGGAGUGUCUCCCAUCAUUGAUGUGGUGCGAUCGGGCUACUACAAAGUUCUGGGGAAGGGAAAGCUCCCAAAGCAGCCUGUCAUUGUGAAGGCCAAGUUCUUCAGCAGAAGAGCCCAGGAGAAGAUUAAGGGUGUUGGUGGGGCCUGUGUCCUGGUAGCCUGAAGCUACAUGGAGGGGAGUUCAUUAAAAUGUCCAAGUAC